GAGGAGGAGGAGGAAGAGGUGAUACAGGUCAAAAGAAGAGGAAGAAGUGUAGCGGGAUUGAGGGAAAGCGGCGUCUGUGUCCCUUGCCUAAUAAACUAACGGAAGGGAGGUGAAACAAGCUCUCAGUACACCAUUAAACCCACAACCAAGGCCAUUGACAACCCCAGCAAGCCCGUAAAGCGACCCUGUCUCCCGUGUAGUGCCCUAAACCGCGUGUAAAGGCGAGAAAAUGCCCAAGAACUGUGCCGCGGUGGGCUGUACCAACCACAACAUGAUGGCCCAUAAGAAACUUUCCUUCUGCAUCUUCCCCAAUAAGAAGAAGCAGCCUGAGAGGUGGAGGAAGUGGGUCAAGGCUCUCAAUAGGGUCAACCACGAUGGGAGUGACUGGCAGCCGGGAGGGAAAUACGUGUACCUCUGCUCCGAGCACUUCAUGACAGGGAAGCCGAGUCCAGACCCUGACCACCCAGACUACCUGCCCACAGUCUUCAAAAACAGACCCAAUGAUUCCACCAGCAGCAGAAAGAUCUUGAGGCUGGACAGACCCUACGGUGAAGACACAUCAGGCAAGUUCUCUCCGCCCUCCUCCUCAUCCUCCUCCUCCUCCUCCGGGCUCCAGAGCAAGAUUCUGACCACUGACCCGCCUCACCUGAUACUGACGGAGCCCUCCAGCAAGGGGUCAGGCUAUAGCCAGGGCUCCACCAUAAUAAACUACAACAACCACCGAUUCAGACCCACCUUCAACAAUUACAACAACAACAACAACUUUAGCAGCAGCAUCAGCAAUAACAACAAUAGAACUAUGAUGUACGAAAUGGUGGACAGCUUGAAGGGCAACAAGGUGGACCUCAAGAGGAAGGUGGAAGGGUUUGAGCGGCAGCUGGCGGUGUCCAGGUAUGAGUCCAGCAAGUGCAUGAGGAUGGACGAAGACAACUGGAUCCACUUCACCGGCCUGGACUCAAUCAUCUUCCAGACGUUCUGCACGCUGAUCAUUGCUCAGCUCUUUAGUAGUGAAAAGUGAAGGCUGGGAGGCUGGCAGGUCUUUGUCUUUCUCUUCAGGAUUAUAAGUCUCAGAGUAAAGAAAUUAUAUUUCUAUGAGCAAUCACUGUGUAAAGGUUAAUGACGGUACUUGUACAUGAUCAGCAGUAAAGAUGGUACAUAAUAACUGUACAUAGGUAGUGCGUAGGAAUUUCUGAUCUAUAAUACUGUACAUAGAUAAAGUACAAACGGUGUGUAAAAAGUUAGCCUCAUGCUGCGACAUAGAGUAGGUAGAGCCAGUUAUGUAGUAUGAGAAGUCUUCACUUGUUCCCCAAGGGUUGCUUCCAAUACUCAGUGCUGACACACACACCAUAUUGGUGCAUUCUAAAUAAUGUUCAAACUCCACACAUGCACAUUGUGCUGAUGUGCUUGUGUGUGGAACACAAAUAAUAAAUGAAAAGUCACAUUCCCUUAGGUUAGAUCUGAUUCCUUAAGGAAAUAUUUUAUUACCUCUGUCGGGAGAGGCUGGCUGGGAAGUUGCAGGGCUGGGGUGCCUGUCACACAGAAUCAACACUUACAAGGGGAGCGGGCCGGCCAGGCACUAUUGGGAUAAAGCAAUAUUUUAAGAGUGAUGGCUGGCUGCUGCCACUCUUACCUCUCAAGCUGCCAUUGAGAAAGAUCACCAGUUAAAAAUGUAAAAUUUUGCCGAAAUGUUUUUAGAUCCAUGUACCGCACACACUUGUGUACCUGGCAAUCACUUGCAGGCCCUGCUGCCCCUAGGGUCAGGCCCUCGGUGAGUGCACAGUCCAGUCACAGGAACAGAGGUCACUGCCACCAAAUUCUCCACUUAUUAAGACUAUUUUCAUCAGUAUGAUUUGUGCUCAAGAAUCACAUGAGACCAGUGAGAAUAAUGCAUUGUUAUCAGUACUAGUAAAGCUCUUCUUGCCUGCUUGCUCUCCCUGUGAAGGAAUCACAACUAUGGUUUAUGCAUAAUGCAGAUUUUAAGCAAAAUCAAAAGUACAAGUUAACAUUUCUGAACCAUUCUCAUCAGGGAAGGGCUUCCAUUUUGUCAAACAGAUGGAAGUCAAGAACCUCAAACUGUCUUCAAGGGUCAUUUGUCUUGCACAUGUAACAGAUGUCCGCCUCAGCCAGCAGCUCCCUUCACACACACGUGUUGUACAUAUCAAACAGUUGUCACAAAUGUGUCCUUUGUGUAUAUAUUGUCCUGUAGACCAUAGCAGUGGUGAUGUGAAUCCCACUGGUGAUAUAGUGAAGAGUAGCUCCCAAGCAGAACCAUUACUGUGUGUGUACCUGUGGAAACAACUGGGUUUUCUAGGGUAUGUUUGUGCAAUAUCAAAGAGGGGACCAUUCCUGUGUACAGUUUCAAAUGGAGAUCCAGCAACAACUAGGCAGAAAACUUGGCAAAUAAAAUCAAACCUCUUUCUAAAUAUGCAUAACUUCCUUUGUUUUUGCAUAUUUUAAUAGGCAGAGGACGAUGCCCUUUAUACUCAAUGUCUGUAACCAAUUUCCACUUGAUGCCAUGGUAUAACUUUUUUUGUCUCUCUUACUCUUAAUUAACUACAACCUCACCAAACUAAUAGUGACCAAAAACUUUCUGGGAGUACUUUCACUAAGGUCAUGAUCUUAUUUGCACUCCACUACAGCCGAGGUCUAAGAAGUUACACCAUUUCUCUCUCUUUUUCUACCUGUAAAUCUUCGUCAAUCUUCUUUCUUGAUCUGUUUCUCUCCUCAUCUCAACAUCAAUAACUUUUUUAUUCUAUGUUUCUGUCUAUCUAUGUUUCCUUCUCUUCCUCUUUCUCCACUUCUCAAUCUCCUCAUCUCAACAUCACUAUCUUUUUAUUAUUCUAUGUGUCUGUCUAUCUAUCUAUAUUUACUUAUCCUCUUCCUCUCUCUCUUUAUCUCUCACUAUGGCUUUGAGGUAGAUUAUUUACAGUACUUUUGCUAAGGCCAUUGUGUCUACUUCUGUCUCUACCUAUCUAUCUAUUCCUCUUUCUCUCUCUCUCUACUUCUCCUCUUUCUCAGCAUCACUAUGGCUUUGAGGUAAACUUCUUGGAAUACUUUCACUAUGGCCAUUACCUUCAUUGCACUUCACAACACAAGUUAACAAGCCACGUCAUUUUUCUUAUAAGUUCAAGGUUCACUGUGGGCUUGGGAAGUGGACCGCACUUGACCACAUUCUCACUUAACGUCAGUUUGUCACAACAACAACGCUUUAGCAUAAACAUUUGGGGUGGAAGCGCUUGCUCAACCCUCACGCUUUUUGGAGACGGGAGUAAGGGCAGUAUGUGUGUGUGUGUGUGUGUGUGUGUGUGUGUCCAGUGCCAAUUUAUUCUAUUACUAAUUAGUCCCUUUAUUUUUGGUGCAAUUCUCAAAUGAUUAUGAUAUACUAAAUGGAAUGGUGGCAAUGUGUGUGUGUGUGUGUGUGUGUAUGGGUGCGUCCACUUCCAGAUUCACGUGCAGAGGCAAAUAUCACGGUUCCAGACUUGUGACUGGGCCAUGUAUUAAUAAUUGUAUAUAUAGUUCUCUGUAACAUAGUAGUCACCUCUGUUCUACCAUGUACAAACAAUGUAUUUUUCUUAUUCCAGUA